AUGACCUGCAGGCAACGACCGUCCAGUCCAACCAUCAUGGCACUGCUGGCCUUGCUCCUGCGUGGCCCUGUGCUUGCCUCAGAGAUCGUGGGUGGCCAGCCAGCUAGGGCCCACGCGUGGCCUUUCAUGGUGUCCCUGCAACUGGGCCGAGGCCACUUCUGUGGUGCGACUCUGAUUGCCAGGAACUUCGUCAUGUCGGCGGCACACUGCGUGAAUGGCCUGAAUUUCCGGUCCGUGCAGGUGGUGCUGGGCGCUCACAACCUCCGGAGGCGGGAGCCCACCCGGCAGACAUUUGCCAUCGAGCGUAUCUUUGAGAAUGGCUUUGACCCCAUACGCCUGUUGAAUGACAUCGUGGUCCUGCAGCUCAAUGGCUCAGCCACCAUCAACACCAAUGUGCAGGUGGCCCAGCUGCCUGCCCAGGGCAGAGGCGUGGCCAAUGGGACGCGAUGCCUGGCAAUGGGCUGGGGCAGGCUGGGCACCAACCGGGAGUCGCCCAGCGUGCUCCAACAGCUCAACGUGACCGUGGUGACCAACCUGUGCCGCCGCCGUGUGAACGUGUGCACGCUAGUGCCACGCCGGCAAGCUGGCAUCUGCUUCGGGGAUUCUGGUGGACCCUUGGUCUGCAAUGGGCUGGUCCAAGGCAUCGACUCCUUCAUCCGGGGAGGCUGUGGCUCUGGCUUCUAUCCGGACGCCUUUGCCCCGGUGGCAGAGUUCGCAGACUGGAUCAACUCCAUUGUCAGAGCACAUGAGGACAAUCCCCUUCUCCACUCCAGAGACACCACCAGCAGAACCCGCUAG